CUGUUAUUCCCAGGACAAGUUCUCAAAUGUUUAUCAGGUUUGUGAUUAAUUAAUUGGAUUUAUUUUGAAAAUUAAUUUUUUGAAAAAAUAUCGUUUUUAGGUCACACAUUAUAUGCCAAUCAAUGCACAUCUACUUCAUAUUGUGUAACAAUUCGCUCAAAGUCUGGACAAAUACAGAGAUCUUGUGAUGGUAUGCAGAACUCUCAGACCUCAUUCUUCUGAAAAUUUCUGAGCUAAAAUAAUUUUUCUUUCUGGAAACUAAUUAUCAAGAAAAAUAUCUGAAACCUUUUUUAAAAAUUGGAACUUUUUUUUUCAGUCUUUGAAACUAAAUUCAAAAUGUUUAACCUUUGAACUCUAACAGAAUUCAAAAGACCAAUUUAAUCAUGUAUCUUUCUUUUAUUUUUUCAGCCGAGGUUACCUCGCCUCUCUCAAAUUCUCUUCAACUAUUUCAUCCAUCUCAAUUUUUCCAGGCAAUAACUUAGCUCAAAUCUCGCUUUGUUCAAUCUACGCAAUGCAUGGCUAUCCAAAAAACGUCUACACCGAAUAUUCAAGUCAACCAGUUAAUAUGGGUGGUCCAAUUCAAUCCUCACAAAUCUCAAAUAAGAAUUCUCGACAUUCUCGAUCGAAAAUCGGCUCAACAAUGUGUUUCGAUGGUGGAGAUCUUGGCGAAGUUUGUUGUUGCAACACAGAUUAUUGUAACUCUUCGAAAACAGUUCCCUUUUCUCUAGUUGCUAUAAUUGUAGCAAUUUGCUAUUGGAACAUAUUUUUGUAAUUUUCUUGGGGGUUUCAAGCGUUUUGUGAUUAUUUAUGGGUACCUUAACUACAUACCAAAAACAUUGUAAUCUUUCUUUUUUUUUCAAACUUUCCUCGAUUUUUUUAUAAUAAGUAUUCAAUGAUUAAUAAUUUAUUGAAAUAAAUAAAGUUUUAUAUGUUUGCAACAUCCAAUUUUUGAAUAAAGAUCAACCACAUCCACAUCCACACACACGAUGAAAAAAUAACCGAACACCCAUCAAAAACAUAUAUCCAGCUAUCAAGUGCACAUCUUUCAAUUAUGUUUGUUCUAUUUUUGCUGCAGUAGUUUUCAGCCAGCAAUAUAGUACUUUUUGAAAAGUCAAAGUUCUUGAAAAAUGUUCGGUUUCUAUAGUGAUUCAACAAUAAACGUUCGAAAGGAAAAUAAUAUUGGAACAAUUUCAAAUGCAUGUUUUGAGAAAAUAUAAUUUGAUUUUGGAAACAUUUUCAAUCGAACCCAAGAAACUUUUGCAUUUUUUUAGACUUUAACAGAAGCUUUCUAGAGACACGUUAUUUAACAACUGAAUUUUCUAAACUGCUUCUUGACAUUCGACGGCGCAGUUACUUGACAUACAUUAUUUCUAGGUUAGGCCUUUGCUUCAUUUCUUUCAGAUUUUUUAAAGAUCUCAAUUUUUUGAUUGUUAUUUUGAAUUUGAAAUUAGAUUUCAUAUUCAAAUUCAAUUUUCAAACAAGUUCAAUUUAAAGUCAAAAAUCAAACUUCAAUCUUUUUUGGAACGUUCCAUGGAUGUGCUCCGAACAUUUUAUGUUUCAAAAAAGUGUCAAUUGCACAACUUGUCAAUGCCAUUGGACCACCCAUUUCCAGCACGCAAAAAAACCAAAUAAAAGGGCAAAGAAAUUUCAAAAAAUUUGAGCUCUUCCCUAUUUCCGCUCGCUCGCCAGCCAAAAAAAACACACUGAACAAAUUCAAUUUUUCUUUUUUUUUCGUUCGGCUUUUCUUAUUCUCUCUCUCACACUCUUUUUUUUAUUUUUGGCUCGAAAAAUAAACACAUGCUCUCAUUUUUGCUCUCAUUUUUCAUUAUUAUUAUUAUGUUAUGUUAUAUUUAUUUUUGUUAUAUUAUGUUGAAUUUUAGCGAUGAGCAACUACAUUUUGGAACAAUUGAAUGAAUCGCACGCGGCUGAGAUUUCCGAGUUUUUAAACUCCAGUUUUCUUGUGGAAGAACCGUUGAAUCGCGCCGCAAAAAUGCCAGAACAUUGUUUCAAACCGUUUGUUGAAAAAUUGAUUUCAAGAACUUUGAAUAUCCCAUUCACAUUUGUCUAUAGAUCAAAAGGUAACACUUAAUUUCUACUUUGAAGCUUCCAAUUCAAAAUAAUUCAGAAGAUAACAAGAUCGUAGCUUGUUCAAUGUCAUCAAUCUGGAGAUCAACAGAUGUUCACGAUGAAAGUGAUUUCACAUUUGAAAAUGAAAACAAAUCAAUUGAAGCCAUCGGAAAUAUUCUAUCAAAACUUCAUGACAGCCUUUUCGUUUUGAGACCCGAUUUGAAAAAUGUUCUACAUUUGUAA